CCCGGGGCAUGGAGAGCCUGCUGGAGAACCCGGUGCGCGCCGUGCUCUACCUGAAGGAGCUCACCGCCAUCGUGCAGAACCAGCAGAGCCUCAUCCACACCCAGCGCCAGCGCAUCGACGAGCUGGAGCGGCGCCUGGACGAGCUGAGCACCGAGAACCGCAGCCUCCGCCAGCAGCACCCGGCUCCCGCCGCCGAGCCCCAGCCGCGCCCGCCGGCUCCCCCCGCGCCCGCCCCGCAGCCCGAGCCGGAGCCGCUUCAGCACCCCCAACAGCUCCCGGCGCCGCAGCCGCUCCAGAGCAGGCAGGCUCAGCCGGGCCCCAGCGGCGGCGGCGGCAGCAGCCGGGCUCCCGCUCACCAGCACCCCCCGCUCCAGCCCCAUCAGCACCACCCGGAGAAAGACAGCAGGGAGAGGGGCUGCUGCACCACCCUCCUCCAGCACAAACCCGCCCCGGCCAUCGGCAAAGGCGCCCUGAGCAGGAGACCAGAGAAUGAAAAUGUUUUACACCAGUUCUGCUGCCCAGCAGCUGAUGCAGAGCAGAAGCCUUCAUCUCUGGACUCCUCACCAAGUGACGAUUCCUGUGGUUCCACCAGCAAGAAACCCGGGUGUGAAACGGAGGAUCCGAAGGAGGCCGGCAGACACAGUGGCCAGGAAGGCAGGUCCGACACCCUGAUGCUAAAAGCCCAGCAUGCAGAGCGGCAGGAGGAGCAGGCAGCGGGGUGCUCCCCUCUGGUGCAGAAGCCCAGCCUCCACCACACGGGUUCCCCAGUGAGAGUGCAGCGCAGCAAAGGGACGGCCACGUGUUCCCAUGCAGCUGCCUCCGAUUAUGAGCUCUCUCUUGACUUAAAGAAUAAACAGAUCGAAAUGCUAGAGCACAAAUACGGAGGGCACCUGGUCUCUCGCAGGGCAGCCUGCACCAUCCAGACUGCCUUCCGCCAGUACCAACUCAGCAAAAACUUUGAGAAGAUCCGGAACUCCCUGCUGGAGAGCCGCAUGCCCCGCCGAAUCUCAUUAAGAAAAGUCCGGGUCCAGAACUCUGAAAGCUUCUCUGCUGAUAAAGCCCUGAUGGAAGGGUACAACUUUGUGGGCAUCCCCUUGGUGAGGUCCCCAUCUUUGCCAGUCACCAUCAGCGGGGCCCUGACUGAAUUGGAGGACUCUUUCACGGAACAGGUUCAGUCCCUGGCCAAAUCUAUUGAUGAUGCCCUCAGUACAUGGAGCCUGAAGACCAUGUGUUCCCUACAAGAUGGCAGCUCGUACCAGAUCAGAGAAACCUUCAGUGCCAGCUCAAUGCAGCCGAACCAGGACUUGGAAGCAGAACUGAGGGAGCAAGAGAAGGAGGAGGGACUGCUGCCAGAUACUUUGCCCAAGAGCAGCAGCACCCUCAUGAUGGCCUUCCGGGAUGUCACGGUCCAGAUUGACAACAAGAAUAUCUCAGUCUCAUCUUCUACCUCGGUGUCCAUGGCGAACUGUCUUGGCAGCAGUGCCCAGGCUGGGCUCUCUCAAGCUGCCAGAAUUGAAGAAAGCCCAGGGGAUGGGGAAAAGGAAGACAAAAAGGCCCAGGCUGCCCUGGAAGGGCUGCCGGACUCCAGGGUCCUCCAGAACAGUCAUACCUUCACCGAGGUGAACGUUAACACCAAUGGUUUGGGGGGAGGGGUGAUGGAGCAAGGACAAAUGGUGGUGCAGAAACUCCAGUUUGACUCAAACAAUGAGACUGGGCAGGGCAAGGGCUCUGAGUCUGAAAAUGCAGACAACUCAGAGCAGCUGAGCAGCAGUAGCACCUCCACGUCAGCCAAGUCGGCAUCUGAGGUAUCUUCUAAGGAAGCGCUGCAGGCCAUGAUUCUGAGCCUCCCACGGUACCACUGUGAGAAUCCAGCCAGCUGCAAAUCUCCCACGCUUUCCACAGACACCAUGAGGAAGCGGCUCUACCGCAUUGGGCUGAACCUCUUUAACAUAAAUCCAGACAAAGGGAUCCAGUUCCUGAUCUCUCGGGGCUUCAUCCCGGACACGCCCAUUGGGGUGGCACAUUUCCUGCUCCAGCGCAAGGGCCUCAGCCGCCAGAUGAUCGGGGAGUUCCUGGGCAACAGCAAGAAACAGUUCAACAGGGACGUCCUGGACUGUGUGGUGGACGAGAUGGACUUCUCGGGCAUGGAGCUGGAUGAAGCUUUGCGGAAAUUCCAGGCCCACAUCCGUGUGCAGGGAGAGGCUCAGAAGGUGGAACGGCUAAUUGAGGCCUUCAGCCAGCGGUACUGUAUGUGUAACCCGGACGUGGUCCAGCAGUUCCAUAACCCGGACACCAUUUUCAUCCUGGCCUUCGCGAUCAUCCUCCUCAACACGGACAUGUACAGCCCCAACAUCAAACCCGACAGGAAGAUGAUGCUGGAGGACUUCAUCCGGAACCUGAGAGGGGUGGACGACGGCGCUGACAUUCCCCGGGAGCUGGUAGUGGGGAUCUAUGAGAGGAUCCAACAGAAAGAGCUCAAAUCCAAUGAGGAUCAUGUAACCUAUGUCACCAAGGUGGAGAAAUCCAUCGUAGGGAUGAAAACAGUUCUGUCUGUGCCUCAUCGACGGCUGGUCUGCUGCAGCCGCCUUUACGAGGUGACGGAUGUGAAUAAAAUGCAGAAGCAGGCUGCUCAUCAGAGGGAAGUGUUCCUCUUCAAUGACCUGCUGGUGAUCCUCAAGCUUUGCCCCAAGAAGAAAAGCUCCUCAACCUACACAUUUUGCAAGUCAGUUGGCCUGUUGGGGAUGCAGUUCCAUCUUUUUGAGAAUGAAUAUUACCCCCAUGGCAUCACCCUGGUGACUCCACUUUCGGGCUCAGACAAGAAACAGGUACUACACUUCUGUGCUCUGGGUUCAGAGGAAAUGCAGAAAUUUGUGGAAGAUCUAAAAGAGUCAAUAGCAGAGGUGAUGGAGCUAGAACAGAUACGAAUUGAAUGGGAGCUGGAGAAGCAGCAGGGGGCAAAGACUCUUACGUUAAAGACCAACGGGGCUCAGAUGGAACCACAGUCCAAGCAAGCAUCUCCGACAGGCAAGAAGGAGUUGGGGGAGAAGGUCUCAGAUAGCACAGUGGAGGCUCCAAACGUACCAGCACAACUCCGUCCUGGGGCCCGAGAGUGGAACGCAGGCCAGCACGCGUCCUAACAUGCCACGGGAGAGGCUGGAGACAGCAUUGGUACCCUCCUAUCCCGCCUCGGCGGGGACACUUGUACAGUGCCAGCAGAUUGUCAAAGUCAUUGUC